AUGCGCCGCAGUCGGUUGGAUGUCAGGGGCCGGAGCCUGAAUCGGCUGGAUGGCACCCAGCGGCGGAUCUUCGAGCUGCGCGAGGAGAUGGCCAAGAGUGGUGGCGUGAACGCCGCGCUGGACAACUCAAAGGCCAUCGCGAAGCAGAUCCGCAUCCUGGAGAACAGGCUCGAUAAGGGCCUCCAGAAGUUCAACGAGGCCAUCGCAGCCAACCGCGCCCUAAGGGAGCAGAUUGACACCCUGCGCCGGGAGCGCGUGGUCUUCGAUGACAUUUACCGAAAGCUGGAGAAUGAGCUGCAGCAAAAGAAGAAGGAGAUGGCAAACAUCAUCGAGCAGGCCAACGCCGCCUACGAGGCGCGGGACUCCGCGCAGGCGCAGAUGGCUUCGCUAAAGCAGCAGGCGGAUAAGGAGCACGCAGAGUUUGAGAAGGAGUGGCGUGAACUCGGCCGCCUCAUCGAGAACGACAAGCGUAUGAAGGAGUUCAUGCGCACAAAGGUGCGCGGGAACAAGGAGGACGGCGAUACCAAAGAGGAGGACAAGCACAAGAAGAAGAUCACAAAGCACACCUGGGACACGACCAAGUCCCUGGUGACAAUGACCUCCAAUCAGGACAAGGUGGCCAGCUACGAGGAAGCCUUCGCUCGCAUCCAGGCAGCCACAGGGAUUUGCGACAUCGAUCAGCUGGUGCAGAACUUCAUUGAUGCAGAGGAUACAAACUUCUCUCUCUUCAAGUACAACAACGAGCUCAGCGCGGAAAUCGAGAAGCUGGAGCAGCAGAUUGCCGAGUACAAGGAGGAGUACAUCACGCUCAGUGGCCAGAGCAGCCGGAAGGAGGACACUGAGAAGGCGAAGAUCCUCGAGACCUUGGAGGAGAAGUGGAACGACAUCGACCGCAAGGCCAUCACCUACGAGGUGAAGCACCAGGAGUCGCAGCAGACCUUGUCCCACAUCAGGACCUGCAUCGAGUCCAUCUUCCGGCGCCUGGGGUGCAGCGCCGAGGAUCUGCCCUGUGGGUGCGGCAGUGGCAUCUCCGAGGCCAACAUGAUGGUGUAUCUCGCCAUCAUCGAGCAGCGAACCAAUGAGCUGCUGAAGAUGUAUGACUCCCUCAAGCAGGAUGAUGAUGAGUACGAGAGCACCAGGCCUGCCAGAACCGGGCAGACCUCCACCAGCCUGCAGAUCAAGCUGCCCAGCACAGUGGAGGACUAUUCAGAUGAUGAGGAUGACGAAGACGAGGAUGAUCAGAGGCCCUUCACCCGGGAUGAGCUGAAGACGAAGGCCAACAAGAACUACAACAAGAAGCAGAAAAAGCCAAGGAACCGCGGUGCCCAUUGA